GCUUUACGCACCGCAGCAGCGGGAGGAGGAGGAAGUGUGAUCAGUCGAUGUCUGACCUGCCGCUGCUCUGCUCCCCGCUGAAAACACGAUGCUGUCCGGGCGUUAUGUGAUCCAGGAACUGCUGUGAGCGGCGUUAAAAGGUUUUACUGAUUCCCAGACCUUAGCCGUUCCACUUUCCAGGAUGGAAUCCAAGAAACGGAGCAAGAUGGACAUUUUCCGGAACAAAGUUCUGCCACGUCUCCACCUGGGCAAGACUCACUUACCCAAGCGUAGCCACAAGCCCAAUCACCUUAUGGACAGCCGGAUGAGCACAUCCGUCCCAGAUAUCAGCAACAUGAGGCAGGAGCGCGUGGCCUCCAGCAUGCAGGCCCAUCUUCAGAACUCUGCAAGCCACAGCACUCUCUCCUCACUGUCUCCUCGUAGGGAGGGAGGUGGGAGUGGCCUGCAGGUACCUGGAGCAGGAGCUAAAAAGGCCGAACACAGACGGAGCAUGCCUGCAGAAUGCACAGAGUGGGCUUUCUCUGAGGAGUCUGUCAAUGGUUUCUGUGGAGAAGAGAGGAUCUUAAUGGAGGCAAAACAAAGAGCAGUUUCAGGUAUAGAGCCUGAGGAGUUGGCUCUGCCAGAGAUGAUGACGGUCUACAGCCCAGACAUCCCUAAGGAAGAGCUUUCCCCCGACAAUUCACAGGGUGAGAUGGGAAACGAGGCUGAAAAUCAGACGGAACAUGUCCAAGAUGUUCCGAAGUCCUACUUGCUCACAAUCAACCUUAAGGAAGGACACAACCUGGUUAUCCGGGACCGCUGCGGUACCAGCGACCCUUAUGUAAAGUUUAAGUUUGACGGAAAGAGCAUCUAUAAAAGCAAAGUUGUUCAUAAAAACCUCAACCCUAUAUGGAAUGAGAGCUUCUCUGUGCCGCUGAAGGAUCUGAAUCAGAAGAUGUACAUCAAGGUGUACGACAGUGAUCUGACUACCGACGACUUUAUGGGCUCUGCCUCUGUUCUCCUUAGUGAUUUAGAGAUUGACAAGGUCAAUGAGCUCUCUCUCUCGCUGAAUGAUCCAAACACCCUGGAGGAAGACAUGGGCUACCUGCUGGUAGACAUGACGCUGUCUCUCAGAAACGGAAGCUCCAAGAAAGGAAUUAAGUGGCCCCGAAAACGAAGUGCUAGGGGAGGGAGUUCCCAGAACUCUAGGUUGUCUGAUGCACUGAAGAAGAGCCAGCUUUGGACGUCCGUUUUGUCAGUGAUACUGGUUGAAGGUCGGGGGCUGCUUCUGGACAGCCAGACAGGUCAUCUGUUUGUUCGCUUCAAACUGGGAGAGCAGCAGUUUAAAAGCAAGAAUCACUGCAAAGUGGCCAAUCCUCAGUGGAGAGAAAGAUUCACCAUGAAGCAUUUCCUGAAUGCUGCACAGAUCCUGGAGGUGGAGCUGUGGUCCAAAGAAUCCCGCAGGAAUGAGGAGCGCUUGGCAACGUGUGAGGUGGACCUGUCCCAGAUGCCUUUCAAUAUGCAGCAGUGUUUCAGACCCAACCUGAGCUCCAGCAGAGGAUCCUUGGUCUUCCUGAUCACACUAAAAGCCUGCAGCGGCGUUUCCAUCUCUGACAUCAACGCCGCGCCGCUUGAUGAACCUCUAGAACGACAGAACCAGCUGGAGAAUUAUUGUUUAAAAAGAUCCCUAAAGAACCUCCGGGAUGUCGGUUUGCUUCAAGUCAAAGUCAUCAAGGCUUCAGACCUGAUUGCUGCAGAUUUGAAUGGGAAAAGCGACCCAUUCUGCGUGUUGGAGCUGGGCAAUGACAGACUGCAGACCUACACAGUCUCUAAGAACCUCAAUCCAGAGUGGAACCAAGUCUUCACUCUGCCUGUCAAAGACAUUCAUGAUGUUCUCAUGGUGUCCGUCUUUGAUGACGACGGUGACAAGCCGCCAGACUUUCUGGGAAAAGUUGCCAUUCCACUGCUUUCGAUCCAAAGGAGACAUCAGUUUGCCUACCCGCUGAAGAAGGAGGACUUGGACAGACUGUCAAAGGGGUCCAUUACUCUAGAGCUGGAGGUUAUUUUUAACCCUAUCAAAGCAAGUAUAAGAACCUUCCAGCCUAAAGAGAGAGGAUACAUGGAGGAUAAUCUGAAAUUUUCCAAAAAGGCUCUGGCCAGGAAUGUGGCGCGUGUACGAGCGAUUUACGCGGCUAUCACGUCUACUCUGCAGUACAUCAAAAGCUGCUUCCAGUGGGAGAGUGUUCAGAGGAGCCUGCUGGCCUUCCUGAUUUUUCUGCUCACGGUGUGGUACUGGGAUUUCUACAUGCUGCCCUUCUUCCUGGUUCUGCUCAUCACAUGGAACUACUUCCAGGUCCGCUCUGGACGAGUCAGUCAAGACGUGGACAACAUGGAUUUGGCGGAUGAGGAAGAGGAUGAUGAAAAGGAGUCGGAGAGAAAAGGCCUGAUAGAUAAAAUCCACAUGGUCCAAGACAUUAUCAUCACCGUCCAGAACCUGCUGGAUGAGAUCGCCUGCCUCGGAGAGAGGAUUAAAAACACAUUUAACUGGUCGGUGCCAUUCCUGUCUGCCUUGGCGCUUGUGGUCUUUAUCAUCGCUGCAGUCGUCACAUACUUCAUCCCCAUUCGCUACGUGGUCCUAAUAUGGGGUAUCAAUAAAUUCACCAAGAAGUUACGGAACCCGUACUGCAUCGACAACAAUGAGGUGCUUGAUUUCCUGUCGAGGGUGCCUUCAGAUGUGCAGAAGGUUCAGUACAGCGAGGGCAAAAGUAGCCGGAAGAAGAAGAUCCAGUAGAAAAGGUUGCCGAUGGAGGAUUGUUUCUCACGCUGGUUCCUGACGCGGCUGUUUU